AUUACCAUUUGGCUGUGAGGAAAGAGGUGCCAUACCAAAACAACUGGAUCCACUGGAUCCAAACUGCACAGGACCUUGUGUCCCAAAGGAAAACCAACCAAAUAACCUCCAGAUCUAUCAUCUUCUUUCUUUGGGAUGGUUAAUUACUACGAAGUCCUAGGACUGCAUCAAAAUGCCUCGCAAGAAGACAUUAAAAAGGCCUACCGCAAGCUGGCAUUAAAGUGGCACCCAGACAAGAACCCUCAUAAUAAAGAAGAAGCAGAGAAGAAAUUCAAAGCAGUUGCUGAGGCCUAUGAAGUCUUGUCAGACCCUCAAAAACGCUCUCUCUAUGACAGGCCGGUAAAAGAACCAAGGUAUAGAGGGAGAGGAACAACUGGAGGCCACUCCCACAGUCCAUUUGAUUUUGACUUUGUUUUCCGCAGUCCUGAGGAGAUCUUCAGAGAGUUCUUUGGAGGAAUGGACAUCUUUGCCAAUGACUUCUUUGACAACCAGUUUGAUGAUGAUAAUAAUGGAGGGGAAACCAGAAGUGGGCCUUUAGGUCUCUUUUCUGGACUUGGUGCCUUUGCCAACUUUGGAUUCAAUUCAUUUGGGCCUGGCCUGCACACAAUGUUCUCCUGUAGAUCCUUUGGAGAUGACAGCAGUGGAGCACAGAACUUCAGAUCUGUUUCAACAUCUACUGAAGUGAUCAAUGGGCGAAGAAUCACCACACGGAAGAUUGUUGAGAAUGGACAAGAAAGAAUUGAAGUUGAAGAAGACGGCCAGCUGAAGUCCAUAAGAGUAAAUGGAAGAGAACAGUUGAAAUGCUAACGCAUCCCCUCAUCUCUGUUCAAAAGCAAUAAGCUACCGCUUGAGCAAACUUUAAUGGACUCUUGUUCC